GACAACUGGCUUCAUGCUUGUUAAUGUGAACAUGCGUUGGUGCCUUUGUAUUACUAAUAAAUGUAUAUUGUUGUUAUAAAAGAUAUUAAUAUAAGUACAAAAUUAUGUCAGAUAUAAAUAGUUUAUUUGAUUGCUUCGAAGAACCAGCUUUAAACGAAGCUGCCACCCAAUUGCCAAAUGUUAAAAGUGAAGAAGAAGCGCCUGUAACCAAGACGGAAGAUGUUAAAAAAGAAGAAACUAUAGAAGCUUCGCCCAGUAAUAAGCGUCCACAUGAAGAAGUUAAGUAUGCAGAUACUUCUAAGAAGCCCAGACAAGAAGAGGAAGACGACGCCGAUAUUAUAAGCGACAUUAACCUCAACAAUCUUGGUGCAAGGAUACUUAUACAUACUCUUGAUACACACGAAGGCUGCACACAUGAAGUGGCGAUACCUCCCAAUCAGGAAUAUGCUCAACUAAUGCCAAUUACUUCAGAACCAGCUAAGCAAUACAGUUUUAUCCUGGAUCCGUUCCAAAAGGAAGCUAUCAUGUGCAUUGACAACUUACAAUCAGUACUUGUAUCAGCCCACACAUCUGCCGGAAAGACUGUUGUUGCAGAAUAUGCUAUAGCUCUGUCACUAAAAAACAAACAAAGGGUUAUUUACACGACACCCAUCAAAGCUCUCUCUAAUCAGAAAUACAGGGAAUUCUCUGAGGAGUUUCAUGAUGUGGGUCUGAUCACUGGAGAUGUUACUAUCAAUCCAUCCGCUUCCUGUUUGAUAAUGACAACUGAGAUUCUAAGAAAUAUGUUAUAUAGAGGUUCAGAGAUAAUGAGGGAAGUUGGUUGGGUUGUGUUCGACGAGAUUCAUUACAUGAGGGACAAGGAAAGAGGUGUUGUUUGGGAAGAAACACUUAUCUUGUUACCCGACAAUGUUCACUAUGUAUUUUUGUCAGCUACUAUACCCAAUGCUCGUCAGUUUGCUGAGUGGGUGUGUCGACUUCACUCUCAGCCUUGUCAUGUUAUAUACACUGAAUACAGACCCACACCCCUCCAGCAUUAUAUAUUCCCUGCUAGCGGAGACGGGAUUCAUCUUGUUGUGGAUGAAAAGGGUCAAUUCAAAGAGGAUAACUUCAAUACAGCUAUGACGGUGUUGAGUAACGCGGGAGGGGCGUCGGCGGGGGGUGAGCGGGGCCGGAGGGGGGGACUCAAGGGGGGGAGCAGUAGUAUCUUUAAUAUAGUCAAAAUGAUCAUGGAGAGAAACUUCGCACCGGUGAUUAUAUUCAGUUUCAGUAAGAAAGACUGCGAGCUGUAUGCUAUGCAGAUGGCUAAAUUGGAUUUUAAUACAAUUGAAGAGAAAAAACUUGUAGACGAGGUUUUCAACAACGCGAUGGACGUUCUAUCUGAAGACGAUCGUAAGUUGCCGCAGGUUGAAAACGUGAUACCCUUGUUGAGGAGAGGCAUCGGUAUACAUCACGGAGGACUGCUGCCCAUACUGAAAGAAACCAUAGAAAUAUUGUUCGGCCUGGGGCUUAUCAAGGCGCUGUUCGCCACCGAGACCUUCGCCAUGGGGCUCAACAUGCCCGCUAGGACUGUUGUGUUCACAAAUUGCCAGAAGUUUGACGGCAAGGACUUCAGAUUUAUAACUUCCGGUGAAUACAUCCAGAUGUCAGGUAGAGCUGGUCGUCGAGGGCUGGACGAUAAAGGUAUCGUCAUACUGAUGAUCGAUCAGAAGGUUACUCCCAGUGUCGUUAAGUCCAUGGUACAGGGGAAAGCUGAUCCUAUAAAUUCCGCAUUCCAUCUUACAUACAACAUGGUCCUUAAUUUGUUAAGAGUUGAAGAGAUAAACCCGGAGUACAUGUUGGAGAGGAGUUUCUAUCAGUUCCAAAACCAAGCUGUUAUCCCAGACCUCAUCGACAAGGUGAAAGCUAAGCAAAAGGAAUAUAGCGCGUUGUCAAUAGAGGAGGAGCACUCUAUAGCUUCAUACUGUAAUAUAAGGUCACAGUUGGAGCUGCUGGGGUCACAGUUCAGGUCGUUCAUCACGAAGCCGGAGUAUAUCAAGCCGUUCCUCCAGCCCGGUAGACUUGUUAAGGUGAAAACGGAAAAAUACGAGUACGAUUGGGGUAUUAUAGUGAACUUUAAACACAAAACCGGCAAAAGUAAGAAAGACGAGAACCCCCUGACCGCGGAGACCGUCAUAGUGGUGGACGUGUUGCUGCAUGUUAAGAAAUCAAAAGCCGACGAGGCCGACACGAACGUGCCUUGUCCUCCUGGAGAGACCGGCGACGUAGAGGUGGUGCCGAUCCUACACACGUUAAUAUAUCAGAUAAGUUCGCUGCGUGUGUACUAUCCCAAAGACCUGCGACCGCCCGACAACAGGAAGUCGGUGUUGAAAACUAUAGGGGAGGUCAAGAAGCGGUUCCCGGAAGGACCGCCGCUGCUGAAUCCCAUCAAGGACAUGAAAAUUGAGGACUCUGUGUUCAAGGAAUGCGUCGAGAGAAUCAAGUUAUUAGAGGAAAGAUUAUAUUCUCACCCCCUCCACAACGACAAGAACCGCGGCGCCCUGACGGCGGCUUACGACGCCAAACAAGAAAUAUACGAAGAGCUGACGUUAGCCAAGUCCGAGUUGAGGAGGGCGAAGAGCAUCUUACAGAUGGACGAACUGAAGAAGAGGAAGCGAGUGCUGAGGCGACUCGGGUACUGCACGCUGUCAGACGUCAUAGAGCUCAAGGGCAGGAUAGCCUGCGAACUCAGCAGUGCGGACGAACUGCUUCUGACCGAGUUGAUCUUCAACGGUGUGUUUAACAAUCUGUCCGCGGAGCAGAGCGCGGCGCUAGUGAGCUGCUUCGUGUGUGACGAGAACAGCACUCAGACGUCCGCCACGGGCGAGGAGCUGAGAGGCGUCCUGAGACAACUACAGGAAUACGCGCGUAGAAUAGCGAAAGUAUCAAUCGACGCGAAGAUGGAUCUCGACGAGGACGAGUACGUUGGCAAAUUUAAAUGUACCCUCAUGGACGUAGUACUCGCGUGGGCGAAGGGCGCCUCCUUCCUACAGAUAUGCAAGAUGACUGACGUCUUUGAAGGUUCAAUAAUUCGUUGUAUGCGUCGCCUGGAGGAGGUACUCCGGCAGUUGUGUCAGGCCGCCAAGAACAUCGGGAACACGGACUUGGAGAAUAAGUUCAGCGACGCCAUCAAAAUGCUGAAGAGAGACAUAGUGUUCGCGGCCAGCCUUUACAUGUAGCGCUCACAGAACAGUUCAAUAUAUUUUUUAUUACCUCA